CUAGGCUGCCCCAUCCUCAUUUUACAUGCUUUCUACGAGCAAAGCUCACAAUUAUAAAAAUCAACGAACGUAGUUAGGAUUUAGUAUGGAUGUCCCAGCCGCCGCCAAUGCCUUGGGAACACUGGGCGCAGUCUGCUGGUCAAUCCAGCUCAUCCCGCAAAUCAUCAUCAACUACCGUCGUCACAAUGCAACCGGCCUCCAGCCCUCGAUGAUGAUGCUCUGGGCAUGGGCCGGCGUGCCUCUGGGCGUCUACAACAUCGUCGAGGACUUCAACAUCGCCCUGCGCGUCCAGCCCCAGAUUCUGACUUUCCUGAGUCUUAUCACCUGGAUUCAGUGCUACUACUAUGAGCGGAACUGGUCCGUCCUCCGCUCCUUCACCGUCGCGACUCUUAUCGCAGCAGUCAUGGCCGGGAUCCAGACAGCCCUCGUCUUCGCUCUGCGCAUCCCCAAGUACCGCGGCACCGAGUGGCCGAUGAUCGUCAUGGCCGUCCUCUCCGCGGCGCUGCUCGCCGCCGGCGUUUUGCGGCAUUAUUGGGACAUCUACGUUCACCGCACCGUCCGCGGCAUUUCAUUCAUCUUUGUCGCAAUCGAUGCCGCUGGGGACGUCUUCUCCCUCGCGUCAAUCAUGUUCCAGCCCUCGGUUGACGUCCUCGGUGUCAUCAUCUACGCCACCGAGUUCGUGCUCUGGUGCGGCGUGUUCGCCUGCGGGGGAUAUUACAACUUCCUGCCGUGGUUCUGCGAGAAGAUGCUUGCGAGGGAGGACGCCGAGCGUGCCAGUCCCGCUGAAAUGAGCUCUGGCCAAGGAGAAAACGUUUCGCCGGGUGUUGGAAUCGCGUUACAUGAUUUACCCUCCUCAACAUCAGUCUUUCGAACCGCAUCACACGGAGACUCCGAGCUUCGCCCCAGAACUGUUGCGUCUCGCCACAGUGAACUUGAUAUCACAGCCUAG